GUGAUGCAAAAAUAAUUCACUAAUAAAUACGAUAAACCAGAUACAAAUAGCAAAUCACAAGUUCAGACAGCCACAGUCAGUAGUCAUUGAUAAAAUUUGUUGUGAAACGGUUGAAAAAGUAUAUUCUGCUGCUCGUAGAAUUACUGCAUAAUAAACCCUAAACAAAAUGGAUGAAAUUAAAGGGUUUUUUAGACAAGCCGGCAAAGAGUUCCUCAAUGCAGCCGGCGAUGCAGCCAUGGGUGCUGCUAAGGAUGUAAUGGGUUCGGUAAUAAAUGAAAUUUUCAUAAAGAAAGAGGCCGAGACUAAAAGAAUAUUACCCAGUAUUAAAAAUAUGAAAGUGCUUGGCGAUAAGCCGUUGGGCAGUCAUAGGCCACACACAGAAAUUCAGGACUUCGAAACAACUCGCCAACAGUGUUUAGAAAACGGUUCGCUUUUUGAAGAUCCACUUUUCACUGCUAGCAAUGAAUCUCUAAUGUUUUCCAAACGUCCCGAUCGCCAUAUUGAGUGGUUGAGACCUCAUGAAAUUGCCGAUGAUCCACAGUUUUUCGUAGAGGGCUACUCUAGAUUUGAUGUCCAACAGGGUGAAUUGGGCGACUGUUGGCUAUUGGCUGCUGCUGCAAAUCUAACUCAGGAUUCGAAUCUCUUCUUCCGCGUUGUGCCACCAGAUCAAAGUUUUGAAGACGGCUAUGCCGGCGUAUUUCACUUCUGCUUCUGGCAGUAUGGCAAAUGGAUAGAUGUGGUUGUAGACGAUAGACUGCCAACGUAUAGAGGUGAAUUGAUGUAUAUGCAUUCAGCGGAAAAAAAUGAAUUCUGGAGUGCCUUAUUGGAGAAGGCUUAUGCCAAACUGCAUGGUUCUUAUGAGGCCCUUAAAGGUGGUUCCACCUGUGAGGCUAUGGAAGAUUUUACGGGCGGCGUUACUGAAUGGUACGAUUUAAAGGAAGCUCCAUCAAACCUAUUCAACAUUCUCGCCAAAGCGGGUGAACGCAAUUCAAUGAUGGGUUGCUCUUUAGAAGCCGAUCCAAAUGUGUUAGAAGCUGAAACGCCAGAAGGUCUCAUCCGGGGACAUGCCUACUCCAUUACCAAAGUAUGUAUGAUUGAUAUCGUCACGCCUAAUCGUCAGGGCAGAAUACCAAUGAUACGUUUACGUAAUCCCUGGGGUAACGAAGCUGAGUGGAAUGGCCCCUGGAGCGAUAGUUCUCCUGAGUGGCGCUACAUUCCCGACGAGCAGAAACAUGAGAUUGGCUUGAACUUUGACCGUGACGGCGAAUUUUGGAUGAGUUUUCAAGAUUUUUUGAACCACUUUGAACGUGUGGAAAUUUGCAAUUUGUCACCAGAUUCCCUAACGGAAAGCCAACAGAAUGAUGGCAAGCGCAAAUGGGAAAUGUCCAUGUUCGAGGGUGAAUGGACGCCUGGUGUUACUGCGGGUGGCUGUCGUAAUUUCCUGGAUACCUUCUGGCACAAUCCUCAAUAUGUCAUUUCCCUAGAGGAUCCCGAUGAGGAGGAUGACGAUGGCAAAUGUACUGUAAUUGUGGCCUUAAUGCAAAAGAAUCGUCGUUCCAAGCGUAACUUGGGUAUGGAGUGCUUAACUAUAGGUUUUGCCAUCUAUCAUUUAAAUGAACGCGACUUGCAAACCCGUCCUCAGGGCUUAGGCUUCUUCAAAUACAAGGCUUCCGUGGCACGUUCACCUCAUUUCAUUAACACCAGAGAGGUUACAGCUCGUUUUAGAUUGCCUCCUGGCCACUAUUUAAUUAUACCAUCCACCUUCGAUCCAAACGAAGAUGGAGAGUUUAUUAUACGUGUCUUCUCCGAAACGCAAAACAACAUGGAAGAAAAUGACGAUCAUGUGGGCUACAGCGAUGCUGACAACGAUGUUAAACCACCACUUUAUCCCAGUAUGCCAUCACCAGUGAAACCUGUUGAUCCCCAGAGAGAAGCAUUACAACGACUUUUCAAUAGUGUUGCUGGAGCCGACAUGGAAGUAGACUGGAUGGAGUUGAAACGAAUUUUAGAUCAUUCUCUACGAGAUGAUUUGCCAAAGUCGUCAGACAUUACUGCACAAAAUGUUAGAGAAAACUUUGCGCCUUUGUCCAAGGAAAAUGGUGAGGGGCCAUACAAUAAUAAUACUACCGAAUUCGAUGGUAAUAAUAUUGUGAAUACCAUCAUUUCGUUGCUAUGCGGACUUUGUAAUAAUACCAAUAAUGACGAAAUGCAUGGACUUGAUGAACAAAAUAAUACUACUCAACGUCUGGUGGAUCGUAAUACCACAGACGACCCCAACAACACCGUGAUGAUGGCAUGUCCCGAAGGUUUCUCCAAAGAUGUAUGUCGUGCCAUGGUGGCCAUGUUGGAUGCAGACAAAUCAGGAAAAUUGGGUUUCGAGGAGUUCGAAGCUCUAUUAACAGAUAUUGCCAAAUGGAAGGCGGUCUUUAAAAUGUACGAUGUGUAUCAAACAGGACGCAUUGAUGGUUUUCAACUACGUACCGCUUUAAAUUCAGCUGGUUAUCAUCUAAACAAUAGCAUUUUAAAUGCCUUAGUACAUCGUUAUGGUUCUCGUGAUGGAAAAAUUGCAUUUGAUGAUUUUCUUAUGUGUGCUGUAAAAAUUAAAACGUACAUGGACAUUUUCAAGGACAAAGAUACGGAGAACACACAAACCGCUACAUUUACUAUGGAUGAAUGGAUCGAAAGUACAAUUUACUCAUAAUUUCAAUGCAACGACUUAAUAAAUUUAUUGUAUUUAUUAUUUUACUCGAAUUAUCUUCUUUACUUGUAUUCUGACAUACACAACUAUUAAUGUUAAACAUUUUUAUUCAUGUUAUAAUCCGAUUUGGCAAAAAUUAAUACACUAUUUUAUAAAUAUACAUAUAAACAAACAAAAAAAAGCUUUUCCUUAAUAUCUGGCUUUAAUUUCCCGCACAAAAACACAUAUAAACUAAAGAACAACAAUCAAACAUGCACACACAUGAACAUUAUUGAACCGGUACUGCAUUAUCAUACAAAUAAUUUACAGUUAACCAUAACAAAAGUGUUGCCACUUAAUUGUGAAACUAACCAAAACGUCCAUAAAUAAAUCAAAUGUACAUACAUAAAUAUUUUAGUAAUUCGUUAAAUAAACAUAUUUUUAUUUGCUUUUUAAA